AUGGAAGCUGCCAUUCGCUUCUCCCAGAACUCCUUGCCUGGGAGCGGCCAGCGCUUCUUGUAUGUGGAUGUCGUGGGCAAAUCUUUCCGCUUGUGCAAUGUUACGGGCCAUGCGAAGGACAUCUUGCAGUAUGACACUAUCCAUACCACGACCAAGGUACCGGCAUUUCGAGCAUUCGAUUGGCACCCAUCCAAUGAAGACCUGGUUGUAGUGGGACAAGCUGGCGGAGAGGCCACUCUUCUCAACAUUGCUGAAGGCCAUCAGGACUCUCUGUCAUUCCAGGUCAGAAGCCAGCGCUCCUGCAAUGCCGUCGCCCUCAACACCCAGAACCUGCUGGCCGCGGGACUCGAUAAAGUCCGCACUGACUUUUGUCUGAACAUAUGGGACUUCAACCAGCGCAUGCCUGCACCAGGGUCGAAGGGCUUCUCCAAGAACUAUUCCGAUCCCUUGCACAAGCUAGCAAGUGGAGAACCCAUCACAAGCCUCAAGUUCUUCCAGGAUGACCCUUCUCUCCUAGUUGCCGGAGUCAAAGGUCAGUUUGUUAGGCUAUACGACCUGAGGGAGCCCUCAGUCAGCAAUGGGCUUCAGUUCGCCACAAGAUGCGUCCACAACUUGGCCAUCGACUGGCUCGACGAGAAUUACUUUGCUUCCUGCUAUCCCACUAGCGACCCUUCCGUUUGCGUCUGGGACCGAAGAAUGAUCAGCCGAGUCAACACUCCUCACAUGGGCUUCCAGCAUAACGAGAACCGUCCGCCAGAGUUGUCACUUGAGCUGAAGAGUGCUAUCACGAGCCCGGGUACCAUCUGGAGUCUGCGGUUUUCAAAAGCUCAGCGCGGUUGCCUGGGCGUCCUUUCCAGUACCGGAAAUCUGAGGGUGUACAACCUGGGCAAGGACUUCUCAGAAACCUCCCGGGUCGAGCAAAAUGAAGGCCAUGGAAUGUCUUGGGAAACAAGCCAGCCACAAGAGAUCUACCUCGAUCGCACGCAAGAUAUUGCAAAACAAUUUUCAGAUCCGUCCGCCCUUAUGGAGGAGAAAUCACGAAUUGUCUCCUUUGACUUUCUGACAAGCACCACGAAAUCCAGGCGGCCCAGAAUUCUAGCCUUGGACGGGCACGGCCGUGUUAAGCUCAUGUCACCAAGCCCAGUACCAACCCCUACCACGCUUGCUCCUCCCGGAUUUUUGUGCAAAGGCACCUCUUCGAUCGAAACAUUGUCCAUAGAACCUACCGACACAGGUUCCACAAUCGAUCAAGUACGUCGACGAGCACAGCCCCGAAACACCCUAAGGCAGACGUUCAGACAGUCGCGACAGACCAAGACAGCUGCUGGUGGUAAAAGAAUGUCAAGCCUGGACGACCAGGCAUGGCAUGCAGAUCUCGGCUUUUACGAGACAGAUGUGCCUUUCUCAGACCUUCUGAUUCUCCUCUCUGCCCAAAGGCUGCGCUGUGAAGCUGGCUAUCUGCUGAACCCGGUCCAGAACAAAGCGAUCGUCUCGGACUCUCAUUGGCUGCAGUCGUUCUGGGCCUGGGUCGAACGUGCUGCCAGGGUCUCUAAGAAUGGCAACAUGGCCCAAGAUAACCUGGAUUUAUCCUUUAUCGGCGUCUAUAGUGUUUGGAUGGAAGUCAUCGACCUGAAGAACCGGACUUUGGGUCCAAGUUCCAACAAACCGGGCCGGAUCAUUGAAAACCUCGUUCGCCGCCUGAGCGUACCUAGGAUCAAUAGCGUUGACACGGAAUAUGCUGCUAACAGGCAGCUUUGCCUUCACACCGCCGGCCUAGCCUGGUCGCCGGAGGAACUCGAAGUCACGGUCAAACGGUUGGUGGCCAAAAAUCAACACACAAAGGCCGCGGCAUUGGCUCUAUUUGCAAUGGAUCGCAAGCUGGUCUACGAGGCUCUCCGCAACAAGACAGCCAAUCAGUCUCACAAAAUGCUAGCAAUGGCUAUUGCGGGAGCCUUCAGAAGAGCGAGGGCGAGUGAUUCAGAGACUGUGACUAGGGAUGAAUCUGACGAGGACGACUGGGCAGCCACAAUCGCAUCCUUGGCCGACGACUUGACCGAUCCUUAUGCCCGAGCAAUUCUAGCCUAUGUCAAGACCGGGGAUUGGUCGAAUGUCGUUGCAGAAGAGUCACUUCCUCUCAAGUAUAGGGUAUGCGUAGUUUUGCGACACUACGACGACUCGAAGUUGACACAUUAUAUUGCUCAAGCCACCAAAGAUGCAGUCGCCGCAGGGGACAUUGAGGGCGUUAUCCUCACGGGUACCGCGACACAGGCUGCUUUUGAUCUAAUGAGCAACUACGUUCAGCGCUUUGGCGACUUACAAACGGCCGUGCUAGCGCUUUGUCCAGCUGUGCCACGCUAUCUCAAUGACGAGAGAGUGAUUCGUAAGUUCACAGCAUGGAAGGACGCGUAUAAGCAUAUGAUGAACAGCUGGGACCUCAAGUUCCACCGUGUUCGGUUCGAUAUUGCCUGCCAGAAUGCGGCCAAAGAUGAAUCAGGACGACCGCUCAUAGCUCCAGCGAAACAGCAGGUCCGCCUGGUGUGUCAGUACUGCUCGCAGAGCCUCGCACAUAAGGCUGGAACCAGUGAUGAGACAUCUUCGGGAUCCAAGACAGUCGAUACACCGAGACAUCCGCUCAGUAAGGAGAAGGCUGCAGCUAUUGGCACUGUCUGCCCUAAAUGCGAGCGCCACCUGCCGCGUUGUGGUGUCUGUGACAUGUGGCUUGGAGUUCCGGAUGAGUCCUACCUACCUUGGUACAGGACCAUUCAUGCUUCAAAACAUGAAUUGGGCAAGGCCAGCCUCGACCUCAGCGCGAGCGUUUCAGGCAGCAUUCAAACCACACUCGGACCCGAUACUUCGGCAGGGGGAGGAUUGAAGGGCACUUUAUCGCCUCGACCAAAAACCUCCUCGCAGAGGCAAUCGAAAUCGUCAGCAACUGAUUCUUCGGCCAGGACAGCAGUCCCCAUCGGUAGUUUUACGGACCUGGGCCCUGAUUCCGUCCCAGACAUCGUUCUACGCCAGUCAGUGAUCCCAACUGCAGAGACUGACCUGGAAGCGCAGAAGGCGGUAGCAGCUCGGAAGUGGGACAUUGCCAUGUCUCGCUUCACAGUGCUGUGCGUCAAAUGUUCCCAUGGUUGUCAUGCUGCUCAUGCGCGAAUGUGGUUCGAAAAACACCAUAUCUGUCCUGUCCCUGAGUGCAGGUGUCUGUGCAACGAAUGA